AUGACUAUCAACACAAGCCCUCGCCUCAUUCGGCUCGCCGUCUUCGAAUGCCUCGAACUGGCGAACAACAUUGCACAGUCCAGGGGACAAUUCAGAGACAUAUUUGCGACUUGGCUGCACAAUGCCUCUGUUAGUUAUAACACUGGCCGUCCACCUUUGGAGCACGUACGGAUCGAUACUGCGGCCUGGAACGUCGUGCAGGGCCAUUAUCCACCUACGCUAGACGAGAUCGACGCCAUCGUCGUGUCCGGCUCAACCGCAUCUGCCUACGAUCAAUGUCCUUGGAUCAUCAGGCUAGGGGAAUAUCUAAAGAAUGUGUAUACGCACAACCAACACGUUAGACUCUUUGGCGGAUGUUUCGGGCACCAGCUGAUAAUUCAGACCUUGCUUGAAGACAGCGGUGCGUUCGUUGAAAAGUCGCCAAACGGAUGGGAGAUUGGAGUCCACCAGGUGGCGUUGAAUCCCAAGUUCACGGCACAUUUUCCGAUGUUGCGGGGCGUCUCGCAGAUAUCUUGCCAAUUCUUGCAUGCUGAUCACGCAGUACUUCGCGACGCACGUCUCACGGAUGGAUGGGUGUGCGUAGGAGCGAGUCGUUUGUGUGACGUUCAGGGAGUGUAUAAGCCUGGAAAGGUCCUGACUUUUCAGGGCCACCCUGAAUUCGAUGCUUUUCUGAAUGAGCAAGGCAUCAGAAACCUAGAGAGGAAUGCAGUCCUUAGCAGAGCGCAAGUUGACGACAAUUUGAAGCAGAUCUACCAAGAAGACGAUGCGAUCUUGCAUGGCGAAGUCUUGAUUGACUUCAUAGUUAGAGCUUGA